GAGCCGAUCAAUGGCUUCGCGCGUCUUCUCCUCGGAGCUAUUGCUCCUUCCAGUAGCUGCUGCUGCGCCGGCGGCCCACGACGGUGGCCGGAGAAGAGUCCGCCGCCGUUCGCCGGCGAUACAUCCCGGCCGACAAGAGCUCGCCUCCCACUCGAUGUUGCCGGCCAGUGAGUUUGACAUCCAGGAACGUCUGGAUGGCCUGACGAAUGACGUGCAGGAGAUGCUGGUGCAUCAACGGCGAAGAUCGAGCACGGCGAGCGGCGGCGGCGGCCGAGAGAGGAUGGCCUCCGUCGAUCACCUGAAGCGUCUCUGCAUCGACCACUACUUCCAAGACGAGGUCGGCAGCGCCAUGGACGCGCACCUGGAGGAGCUCGCCCAUGGCGGCGCGCUGCUCGAUGCGACCCUCGCGUUCCGGCUGAUGAGAGAAGCAGGACACCAUGUCUUUGCGGAUGAGGUUCUUGGAAGAUUCACCGAUGACAACAGCGAUUUCAGCCUGGCUUACAGCAAGGACAUCAGAGGGCUACUCAGCUUGCAGGACAUAUCACACAUGAACAUAGGAGCAGAAGCCUCACUUCACAGGGCAAAGGAGUUCUCAAGCAGAAACCUUCAGUCUGCCAUCAAAUUCUUGGAGCCAAACCUUGCAAGAUAUGUGAGCCAGUCACUGGAACAUCCCUACCAUGUCAGCCUGAUGCAGUACAAGGCCAGGCACCAUCUCAGCUACCUGCAGACCCUGCCUACUAGGUGCAUUGCAAUGGAGGAGCUUGCACUUGCAGACUUCCAGCUCAACAAGCUGCUGCAUCAGAAGGAAUUGCAGGAGAUCAAAAGAUGGUGGAUGAACUUGGGGUUGGCUCAAGAAAUACCGGUUGCCCGCGAUCAUGUGCAGAAAUGGUACGUGUGGAUAAUGACAGCAUUCCAGGGCGCCACCUUCUCCAGAUACCGGAUUGAGCUCACAAAGAUCGCCACGUUCGUGUACAUCAUGGAUGACAUCUUUGAUCUUGCUAGCACACAGGAGGAGCGCUCCUGCUUCACUCAGGCAAUCAAAAUGUGGGACUUUGCAGCUGCUGAUUCCUUGCCAGGCUGCAUGGGGUCAUGCUACAGGGCUAUUUACACAGUCACAAAUGGCAUUGCAGAUAUGGUCGAGAGAGAGCACGGAGUAAACCCUAUCAAUCAUCUGAAGAAAGCUUGGGCAAUGCUGUUUGACGGAUUCAUGACUCAGACAAAAUGGUUGUCUGAUAAUCAUGUUCCUGCCUCGGACGAUUACCUAAGAAAUGGCGUUGUCACUUCAGGAGUACCACUCAUGUUUUUACACCUACUAUUCAUGCUAGGGCAUGAUGUGGGGAAAGAUGCAGCAGAGCUUAUUGAAAACAUACCUCCUGUCAUCUCCUGCCCAUCCAAAAUCUUCAGACUCUGGGAUGACAUAGGCAACACCAAGAAAGGGUUGGACGGAUCAUACAAGCAGCUGUACCUCAAGGAGAACCCAGGGCUCGCCGCCGGCGAGGCGGAGGAGCACAUGCGCGGUCUCAUCGCCAGCGAGUGGGAGGAGCUCAACCGCGAGUGCUUCUUCUUCUCCCUCUCCGGGAGAUCCUUCCCCGCCGGCUUCACGCAGGCGGCGCUCAAUGCCGCCAGGAUGGUCGGCGUCAUGUACGGCCACGACGGCGAGCGGAGGCUCCCUGUUCUUGAUGACUACCUCAAGAUGCUGCUUUUCUGAACUUCUUGAUCCAUAUACCAUUAUCAUACAUGAUUAUUAUGGAUUUGUUAAUGAAGGGAUUAUUAUAGAUUUGUUAAUGAAGGGGCAGAGAAAUCUGAAGAUAACUUUUUUUUUUUUGAGGACCCUUCCUUGAUAG